UUUGAUCCGCCAUUGCCCCCAGGUUUCCGAUUCCAUCCGACCGGUGAAGAGCUCGUGUCUCAUUACUUAUCUCCGAAGGUACUCGACCCCAAUUUCACCACGAAAGCUAUGGGCGAGGUUGACUUAAACAAGGUUGAGCCUUGGGAUUUGCCAUGGAAGGCGAAGACUGGGGAGAAAGAGUGGCAUUUUUUUUGUUUGAAAGACAGGAAGUACCCGACUGGGUUGAGGUUUAAUCGAGCUACGAGUACUGGGUACUGGACGGCCACCGGGAGGGAUAAGGAGAUUUACCGAGCAAAAAUCUUGGUCGGGAUGAAAAAGACUUUGGUUUUCUAUGUAGGGAGAGCCCCUAGAGGAGUAAAAAGUAAUUGGGUUAUGCAUGAAUACAGAUUGCAAGGAAAGAGCUACAAUAUCAAUCAAUUUGUUUUUUCAGUCUUGCAGAAUGAAUGGGUAGUUUGCAAAGUAUUCAACAAGACUCUAGGACAAAAGAAAGUCCACAUAUCAGAAAUGUUGAGCUGUGUUGAAUCUAGUCUUGAUUUACCUCCAUUGGUGGAUUUUUCAUCUGGUGAAAAUACGAGACAUACGAAUGCUGCUGUUCAUGUGACCUGCUUCUCCAAUCUAAUACAGGAUAAUCAAGAUAUAUCUGUUGAAGAAUACACCUCUUCUUCAAACACAAAUCUCGUUUAUCCGGCUACAACUUUUUCGUCUCAACCCACUCCAUGCACCGAAAAUUUUCAUUUCCCAGAUUCUGAUUUGAAGCAAGAACCGAUAAGUGGUGUGGAACAAAUAGCUCAUACUACAUGA